AUGGAGAAUAAUCUGCUUGAGAGUCUUCUUGACCUAGAAGAAGAGUUCUACCAGGAAGGAUAUAAUCUAGGGGUUUCUGACGGCGCCAAAGCCGGAUAUACCGAAGGGAGCGUGUUUGCCGUUGAGAAAGGAUUCGAAAAAUUCAUUGAGCUCGGGCGUCUUUAUGGGAAAGCUCUCGUCUGGGCCCAGCGGUUGGCAGACAGCAAGCCAUCGAAGAAGCCCGAUCAUGAUCCUUCUGAAUUAGGAUCUUCCGAUGCACCUCAGCGGGCCAACGGCGAGGAAGAGCAAAUUUCGCUAAAGCCAUCCAUCUGCACGGAAAUGUCGAGCUUUCCCUCCAGUUCUAGGCUAGCCAAAAAUAUCGACACGCUCCUUGAGCUUGUUGAUCCUGCGUCUCUGCCAAUGCAAAAUACCGAGGAGGCUGUCACCGACGUGGAUGAGCGCUUGAAGGGCGCUAUCAUCAAGGCCAAGCUCAUCCAGCGUGCUCUUGGGGAAAGGGAAGACGUGUCGGAUGUUCAUCCGGAUGCGAAAGACACGCAGACUGCGGGCGACGGGACUGGCAGCAUUGAAGACAUCAGCGCGCUUAAUAUCCGGCACUGA